CUAGUACCUUAUGGUUCUUACAGCCCUGCAUCUAAACAUUGAAUUGGUGAACCUAACCUUUACAUCAAGUUUUCUUGUCAUUGAUUUAUUACUACUAUUUUAAUACAAAUAAGAUAGUCGUAAAAAUUGUAAACAACAAAGUUUUUGUUUAAAAUAUUUAUCAUUUAUAAAAAUGGUAAAUUGUAAGGUAAAUCAAAUAUUUCUUGGAGAAAUUGCGUCUGUACAAAAUUAUGGAGCGUUCAUUAGAAUUCCCGGCUGUUCAGCACAGGGAUUAAUACAUAAAUCACAGGUAAGCUCUGCUCAUGUCGAUGAUGUAGCAGAGAUCUUACAAAAAGGAGAACGAGUUUGGUGCAAAGUUAUUACUGUAGGGGAUGAUGGUAAAAUAGGAUUAUCUAUGAAAUAUGUUAAUCAAGGAAAUGGCACAGACUUGGAUCCCAAUGGUGUAGAAUUACAAAGAGACAUGCAGAAGAAAAAAACAGCAGGAAAAUAUGAACGCAAAGCUAUACAUUUGGAAGCUGUUCUCAAUACUACAUGCACAAAGUGUGGGACAGCUGGUCAUUUAUCUAAUGAUUGCUUCAUGUCCCCUGAUGGGAAAAAAUAUGAAUUAAUCCCAGAGGUUGAAGAGGAAGUUGUAGUUCAGCCACAAGUUGAAACAAAUGAGAAAGAGAAAGAGAAGAAACGUAAGCAAAAGAAGGCAAAGAAAAAACAAAAAGCUAAAAAACACAAGCAAGGCACAGAUGAUACUGAUUCCGAUGACAAGGAAGUAGUUAAGAAAAAGAAGAAGAAACAUUCCAAAGACCAAAAGAAGAAAAAGAAGAAACACAGUAAUUCUUCUGACAAUGAAAAUUCUAGUGAAAGUUCUUCUAGUCAUGAUGUUAAAGCUCAUAAACGAAAGCGUUCAGAAAGUUUAGAGAAACGUACAAAGAAAUGCAAACAUUCAAAAAGUAAAUAUCCAGAUCGAUGAAAAACAGCAUCAUUUUGACAGAGUCAAGGCUACUUCUUAUGUUAUUUUUAUAACUCCUUAAACCACUGAAGAUAUUAUUUCUAAUACACGAUCUGUGACAGAUACAUCUACAGUACAUGUAAUGUUGUAAUAAUGAAUAUCAUACUUACC